AUGUCCGCUCCGUCCAAGGACCGCAUCAUCCUGGGUCUGAUGACCUUUGGACGAGAAGAGAAGUGGGGCGCUCGCAUCACAGACCUGGACACCUUCAAGGAGACGCUCGAUGUGUUCAAGAGCCGCGGCUACAGCGAGCUGGACACGGCGCGUGCUUAUAUUGGCGGGCAGCAGGAGGCCUUUUCUCGCGAGGCGGGAUGGAGGGAAAAGGGCUUCAAGAUGGCCACCAAGGUCAUGUAUCCAUUGAAGCCUGGUGUGCACUCGGCAGACAAGAUUGUCGAGUGGGUGGAGACGAGUUUGAAGGAGCUGGGUACUGAUUGCAUUGAUAUCCUCUACCUUCAUGCGCCGGACCGCGCCACUCCCUUCACCGAAACGCUCUCUGCCCUGGACAAGCUGCACAAACAGGGCAAGUUUUCGCAGCUGGGCCUGAGCAACUUUGCCGCGUUCGAGGUGGCCGAGGUGGUCAUGACGUGCCGGCACAACGGCUGGGUGCGGCCGACCGUGUACCAGGGCGUGUACAACGCCAUCACGCGCACCAUCGAGCCUGAGCUGCUGCCCGCGCUGCGGCGCUACGGCAUGGACCUGGUCGUCUACAACCCGCUGGCCGGCGGUCUCUUGACCGGCGCGAUCAAGUCCCGGGACGUGGCGCCGAGCUCCGGCCGCUUCUCGGACGAGAGCGUGACGGGCGCCCACUACCGGGCGCGCUACUUUCGCGGCAGCACCUUCGAGGCCCUGCGCGCCGUCGAGGCCGCGGCGGAAGAGGCCGGGCUCGGCAUGGUCGAGACGGCGCUGCGGUGGCUGGUCCACCACUCCGCGCUCAGGGUCAAGGGCGGCAACGACGGCGUCAUCGUCGGCGUGUCGAGCGUCGCGCAGCUGCGGGACAACCUCGACCACCUCGAAAAGGGGCCCCUGCCCCGAGAGGUGGUGGACGCGCUCGACCGCGCCUGGGACGUCUCCAGGCUCGACACGGCCGACUAUUGGCACCUUGGCCUCGAGUAUGGGUACGACACCCGGGAGGCUCUGUUUGGUGCGGGUGGCCAAUGA